AUGAAAAUGUUUGAUUUAGACGCGGUGCAUGAAGUCAGCGAGUUUAACAUCUCCUCCAGCCGCGGCUACACUUGCCUGACUGGCGGCUGCUCGGUGGCGCCAUGCGGUUCGUGUUACACCUGCAGCCUCCAAAUGAAACUCGUCGCCACCAAGCAGUGGUUCCUCCGGGCCGGCGACCUGUCCAAGCAGCAGUUUUUAAAAGGGCUGAUCCGGAGGAUUGGCAGCAGGGACCUCUUGCAGCAGGUGGACAGACUCCUGCAGCCAGCGUUUGGCAAAGAUUUCACCCACUCUCGCUCGUGUGCUAACCCAAGCCUUCCCGGGGACCUCAGUACUCAGAGCUCCGACCGCAGUUUGAACAAAUCGGCUCUGCGCGGAUCUAUCUUGGACACUUGGAAGUGGUUUGCUAAUAGCAGAUACUGGACGAAAGCAAACUACGUGCUGGGAUUACUCCAGAUGUGUGAUGUCAAACUGCUUUAUCUCCUUGCUAACCUGGUCCGCGCACUUAUACUCAGUGAGAGAAUGCCUGAUCCCCCUGUAACGAAAGAUGGGGAUGAUGAUGAAGACAUCAUAUCACUGAACGAAUCAAAAUACAGCUUUAAAACAGAUGAACACCCAGAACUCCAGGAUCUCGUUGAUAUCUGGCCUCAAUUUACAGUUGUUUCUCCUGAUAUAAUGCCGAGUAGCUUUCUCAAUGAACCCACAGAAGUUAUUGAUCAUAGCCAACUGGCAAAGAGUGGACUGGUGAUAAAGAAGAAGCAUUCACUGAAUGUACUACAGGAUGUUCCCGCUAACAUUGAAUCCCCAACUCCAAUUUUUGUAACCUCUUCUUUCCAGGCAACAUCAGGGAUCAGUAAUUAUAAGGACUUCCUCCGCUGCCUUCCUAUUCACCUGGCAAAGUACAUACUUGGUUUUCUAGAUGAUGCAUCUCUCCAAAAUUGCAUGCUCGUGUCACAACACUGGCAAUAUUUGGCAAAGGAGGUGACUAGAGAUAUGUUGGCCCUCCGCUGCAUUUUUGAUGAAGUCUUAAAGUUGCAGAUUGGAUUAACAGCAACAUAUACUGACAUCUACACUGACAUGAUACAAAUGGAGGAGAGAAAUGUCUACUGUGGUCCUUAUAAUAUAAAAGUCAUCAAACAGCACACAGAUCCUAGCAGGGUAAUCCACUACAAUGGUGGAACAAUGAUAGCCAGUGGCUCAUCGGACCGGAAAAUACAAUUUUUGGAUAUCACUCGUUCCAAAGAUAUUACACGUCUAAUACAAGGGCAUGCUGGAAGCAUUAAGGCACUGAUUCUAUGUGAGGAGCGCAAUUUUGUCCUUAGUGGAAGUUUUGACCUCAGCAUCAGACGGUGGAACCUGAUGACAGGGUCUUGUAUGACCAUGUACCGUGGUCACAUGGGAAUUAUUACCUGUCUUGAUCUGCACAAGGACAAGCUUGUAUCAGGGGCAAUGGAUUGUCUGACCAAAGUAUGGGACCUUGAACGAGGAAAAUGUAUCUCCAGCCUCAGGCAUGAAAAACCAGUUCUGUCUGUGGCUAUUCGUGAGAAGAAUGUGGUAAGCGGCUGUGAGAACGGAGAAGUCCACGUGUGGACCCUUGAACCUCCUUCAUUAGUUAAGAUUCUAACUGGUCACAAUGGCCCAGUCAGAUGUUUGUCUUUCGACCAAUGGCACUUGGUUAGUGGGAGCGAGGAUGCAAAUGUUAAGGCCUGGAGUAUGAUUGGAAAAUAUAAUAAAUGUUUAUUGACAUUCAAGCAUCCAAGGGAGGUGCUUUGUCUGCACCAUCUUUACCUUCGAGUACUCAGUGGGUGCAGCGAUGGAAAGAUCAGAAUUUUCGACCUCUACCGUGGCACUUGUCUAAGAGUGAUGAGAGCAAGUGGCCGUGGUGAUCCUGUGCUUUCUUUUUAUCUUUCUGCAAAGAGCAUUGUAAUAAACACUGUCGCCAAUGUGGUAGCAUUUCACUUCGAGGAUGUUACAUGGGAUUACACAGCACCAUCUGCAGUCAUUGAAAGUCCAGCACAAGAAGACUUAUUUAAAAUGGCACCACUGAGGAAACAACCAUACAGUUAUGUUCGUGCUCAGCGCAUGAGAAGAAUUGGUUCAACCAAUGAAAAGAUCUAUCACAGACAGGAUAUCGCACAAAAGGGACUGUCCCAUCAUGCACGCUUAAUGUCAAGCAGAUGCAUGCAAGAGGCACAAAGGAUUCAGUCAGAUUCCAUGAAAAUUCCCAACUUGAGGGAAUUUCAAUAUCACCGUCCUGAUGCUAUGCUCAUUAACCAGAAAUCAGAAUUACCUUUCAAGCCAUCACCAACUGGUUGGGUUUCCAGUAGCCCAGAAGUGCUCUCACAAAGAAGAAUAAAUGAUUAUGUACUGUCCAGCAGUGGUUAUGGUGAGAUCCUCAAAAAUAUUUAAUUUCUUUUGACACAUUAAAUAUUGAUCAUUUUGAUUACUUUUCAAAUAAAAUUU